GUGCGCGCGUCCGCCACUGCGUGCGCGUUCCUAGGCUCGAAACGGCGGUCGGGGUGGAUGAGUUUGGGAGAAGAGAUGCCGCAGGAAGGGGGCAGCCGCUCGACGUUAAUUUAGUCCGUGUUCGUUCUUUCUCACCUGGGGCCCUUUUAGGCUUGGUUCCGCGUAUUUCGUAUUCAGUUUGUCCGUUCACCGGAUACUUUCUCAUGGCCGAAGUGGAACUGGGUUUAAAGUUUCGACAAAGUAUCGCUUACGCGGCGCCCCAGAGGACUUUUAGAGUUGUGGAUGUACGAGUAGAACUAUGUCGGUAGCGAGUCGCUGAGCGCAGCUUGGUUUGUGGACGUACUUUUUCAGGAUAACUUUGGAAGUUAACCCAACUUCCCGCUUAUUUUAACACUGGUCAUCCUGCGCUGGAUCGGUGCUGAGAGAUGAGAUAUCUCUGAGACCAACCGCCCAGCCUGGCCCGGCCCGGCCUUGGAGGAUCGACCUGUGUGGCAGCUCUAAAUUAAUGAUGUGGGAGCAUGUGGUCCUCCUGCUGUAACUGGUUCUGCCUGGACUCCACCACAGUGGAAGACAGAGGUAGCGCCCGACCAGAGGCCUACGCCAACUCCAGCUACACUGGCUAUCCCUCACCAUCGGCCUCUGACCACAUCUGCAAGGCCUGCAGAGGGCGCUUCAGCACCUUAACCAGGAAGCACAUCUGCGUGGACUGCCGGCAGAGUUUCUGCGACGGCUGUUGCGUGCAGUCAGAACAGGGCCCCAGGCUGUGCCACACAUGCCUGCGCUUCCAUGGCGCCCUGCCGGACCGUGCCGAGCUCAUGAAGUUCAAGGUGAAGGAUCUGCGUGACUACCUGCACCUGCAUGGCAUCCCUACCCAGACGUGCCGUGAGAAGGAGGAGCUGGUGGACCUUGUCUUGGGUCAUCGGUCGCCUGCCAGCACUCCGGAUGUUCCGCUGCCAGGGACCACUGCGGCCCCACCCUCCGCACCUGACCCAGUGCCCCCCCCUGCAUCGCCGGUCUUGCUGCCGCCAGCCUCAGAUGUCCCCACAGAGAUGGACCUGGAGCCGCUGACUCAGGAGGAUAACCAGUCUUUAGAUUCAGAGGAUGCUGGUGUCCCCGGACGGCGCGCCUCGCUGUCGGACCUCAGCGGGCCCGAGGAUAUCGAGGCUCUCAGCGUGCGGCAGCUGAAGGAGAUCCUGGCCCGAAACUUCGUGGACUAUAAGGGCUGCUGUGAGAAGUGGGAGUUGAUGGAGAGGGUUAGGCGGCUGUACCGGGAGCAGCAGGACCUUCAGAACCUGGUUUCACAAGUGGGAAAUGACACAGCAGACCCCAGUGGCACCCCAAGCCAGGAGGAGAACCUGUGUAAGAUCUGCAUGGACUCCCCCAUCGACUGUGUGCUGCUGGAAUGCGGUCACAUGGUCACCUGCACCAAGUGUGGCAAGCGCAUGAGCGAGUGCCCCAUCUGCCGGCAGUAUGUGGUGCGCGCCGUGCACGUCUUCCGGUCCUGACCAGCCGGCGGGGCCAGGAAAUUCAACGAAUCACCAACUAGUCUUCCUGGUUACUGCGCCCACGCCGCCCCACCUCUCCCUGUCUUCCAGUGAGCACUGGUGGAGGAGGGUGUGUUCCAGUAACUCCACGCCCAGGGCCUGUGUGCACUGCCUUACCUUUCCGUGAUACUGCAGAGUAGGGUCUUCCUGUAUUUACUGGGUCAGAAGCGAUGCAUGAACGCUACAGUGGCCUUUUAGGGGCUCCUGACCAGCAGCCACCAGAACAACAGCGCUGCUGCCAGAUGGGAGGAAACUCAGACCCAGGUCUCAGCAUCACCCCCUGCUGGUGAUUUGUGAAAUAGUCAGCUGACUGUUGGAUAGCCUGGUCCUGCGAAGGAAACCGCCUCAGAAAAGGGCAUUUUUUCUGUGUGUUAUGCUCCAACGAUAAUGCCUGUCUUGGUGUGUCCCACUGACAGUGCCAUUUGAAGCCAUUUUAGGGGUUCACUGUACACCAUAGAGGCCUAUUCCACACAACUAGGUUUGCCUUGAAUGUACAGAGUGGCUGCCUCUGACAGGCUGCACUCACUGGCCUUUCAGUCAGCAUUGAGCUCUGUCUGCAAGCAUCGGUGAGCUGGUUUUAGGUUGACUUGUACUAAGGGUUACGCUUUCUGUGUAUACCCGUGUGUGUGUGCGUCUAUGCACUUUGACUGCAGAUGCCGACAUCACCUGUGUACGUACAUGAUCCAUACACUCAUGUCUGAACAUUUAAAGCUGACCCUAGAGACUGGCACCACUGGUAGCCAUCUCAUGACUCAUGGUGUUUACUUAUUUUGAUAAGAUUCUAGGGGUAGUGUGAGGCUCAGUGGGUUAGGGUUCCGUGACUGUGAUCGGAAGGUCGCUGGUUCAAAUCCCAGGGACAGCAGUGCAACUUCUCUGAUGAACCCCAUGAGCCAAGCCUUCACUUUCUAUAUAACUGUAUGACCCUGCUUCCUUAAAAAUGUAAGUCGCUUAGAAAUUAAAGGCUUGGCUCCACUUUGAUGGGAAUAGCACCUUAUAUGGUUUAGUACAUGAUUAUAGUAUCAGACUUUGUUUGGGUUCAUUGAGGUUGGUUGUUUCCUUGUAGGUAAUUAUCAUUCAUCACUCAUCAGGUUUAUGGGAGGGCAGGGUGACGUCUGAUGGCUCAUAACGUUCGGUUUGACCACUGCUGCUUUACCCAAGCUGGGGUCUAAGAGCCACAAAUGCCUCCUAAACUAAGAGUACGGAGAAGAGCUUGAGUUGGAACCAUAGUCUAGUCUCAUGGGUGUGUGUUCUCCUGCGCUGAGGACACUAACCCUGCACACCGUCAGAGUGAGGUGUGUUAAUGUGUGGUGUCGACCCUCUGAAAAUCAGCCUUAACCCGCCAAGCGUGUCUUGUCAUCUUACCAUUUAUCCAUGCUAUUCAAAACGUGUUGACAGGAAAUAGCCAUGUUGAUGGUUUCUGGACCAGCAUGCAGCUGGUUCAGCAGCCUUCAAAGAGCAACAUAAAAUUAAUGUUUGUGUGCAGGAGGGGUGUGGUGAUGUUUCAGGCUCACCAUGCUGCUGGGCACAAGAGUGACUCGUUAAAGGCACAGUACCCUGGCAAUGAGUCAGUGCUGUGCCCUAACAAGCAGUCCUCCACGACUAUAAAUAGGAUUCACUUGGGGAGGGCUGAGCUCCGUGAAAAUGUUACUAAAGCUACCUGCUCUAGCUUCUGUUAAAUGGACAGGUUUUUACCUGCUGUGUGUGCAGAUAAUAUACAGUUGGUUUUAUCAUAUUAACAGGGUAAAUAGAUUUCCACGGUGUGGUGCGAGAUGCUUAUGAGAAAAUGCUUCUGUUGUGUAUAUUAAAAAAUUAAGCUUCAGCCUUUGGUCUGUUGUAGAGCUUCUACCAAAAUGAAGAAUGUCUGUUGCUGGUAGUGCCUGCGAACGUCAUAAAUCAGCAACCGGUUUGCCUGGCUUUUAGCUGUGAUGUAAGCCCACAUAGCCAUAUGAGAACCUGUGCUGCGACCUCAUUGGUUCCAUUUUCCUCGGGCUGUGAGACUCCCCGUUACAGACACCAUGCCGGGUCAUGUUCACUGCCUCUCAGCACAGGCCCUGCCUGACCUCCUCUUAAGCCAGCUGCUGCACAGUCUUGCUUCUCAGGUGUGACACCCACAGGUAUUUCGGGGUAGGAUUGGGAGAUGUUACUCAAUAACUCUGGCAAGGUGGGAGGUCCUUACUGAAGUUCCGGACAUUCUGCUGCUGAAUUCCUUUCCUUUGGAUUGUGGUUCUGACCAAAAUGUGAACAGCAAAGGGAUGCAAAUCACGACAAAACUGUCCUGCAAGAACUUUAAUCAGUCAGUCUGUUUACUAUUAAUUUCGACAGUCUAAAACAGUGUCCUUAUGUCUUAGUCUGUAAACAAACUGAAACAUUAAAAGCCAUACCUUAAACUGGUA